GGUGUCGUUAUUCUUUAAUAUUUGCCGUAUCAAGUUACUGUAAUCUGUACUUUUCUCCUAACAUAUUGGAAAAGAGAGCAACCCAAUUUCUUUAUUUUAUAAUAUAAUUGAGCCUACCCUAAUGCCCCGUGACCAAAUUCAUGACCACCUUAAGUCGUCCUAUACGCUUCCUUUGCCUUCCCGCCAAAUGCAAUUUCAAGGGCUUACACACCCACCACCUGUUCAAUGAAACGUCUCAAAGAGAUAUCUACUCGCUAAACGCACUGCUUGCCUCUUAUAACCGGAAUGGACAAUUUUCCACCACAUGGGCUCUCUUCUCUUGCAUUCAUCGCGCAAAAUCCGACCUCAAUGCGUACACUUUCACUCCGGUAUUGGGCGCGUGCAGGGCGUUGCCCCGCCCCGAAUGCGGCAGACAAGUCCAUGGUCUUAUGAUCAAGACGGGUGCUGAGUCAGGAACUGUGUCUAAGACUGCCGUCAUGGACAUGUACUCCAAGUACGGGUAUUUGGAGGACUCUGUUAGAGCUUUUAAAGAGAUGGAGUUCAAGGAUGUUGUGACUUGGAACGCUUUGCUUUCUAGCUUUUUGAGGCACGGGCUUGCUCGAGAAGCGCUUGGUGCGUUCAGCGAGUUUACUUUGUGUUCUCUGCUUAAAGCUUGUGCUUCUUUGAAGGCCUCUCCACAAGGCAAGCAGGUUCAUGGGAUGGUGGUUGUGAUGGGCCGUGACAUGUUAAUUUUGGGUACUGCUUUGAUUGACUUUUACUCUGCUGUUGGGUGUAUUAGUGAAGCCAUGAAAGUGUUCUCCGGCUUGAAUUGUAGAAAGGAUGAUGCAAUGUUCAAUUCUUUAGUUGCAGGGUGUGUUCGGAAUAAGAAGUACAAAGAGGCAUUAUCGAUUAUGUCUACAAUGAAACCCAAUGUAAUUGCACUCACUAGCGUUCUUGCUGCUUGCUCUGAGAAUUCAAAUUUGUGGAUUGGAAAGCAGAUACACUGCGUGGCGAUGCGUUACGGGUUCACAUCCGACACACAAAUGUGCAAUGUUCUGCUAGACAUGUAUGCAAAAUGUGGGAAAAUUUCAAAUGCUCGAUCCUUGUUCAAUGGAAUUUCUAACAAAAAUGUAGUUUCAUGGACAAGCAUGAUUGAUGCUUAUGGAAGUCAUGGAAAUGGGCUGGAAGCUCUUGACCUGUUCAAGAGGAUGGGGGAGGAAAGAAGUGAAGUCUUGCCUAAUUCUGUGACUUUUCUUGCUGUUCUCUCAGCUUGUGGGCACUCGGGGCUGGUGGAGCAAGGCCGGGAGUGUUUUAGUUCGGCCCCGGAGAAGUAUGGCUUGGACUUGGGUCCAGAGCACUAUGGCUGCUUCAUCGAUAUGUUAGGCCGGGCCGGUCAGAUAGAUGAAGUGUGGUGUGUGUUUCAGGACAUGGUUGAGCAUGGCAUUAGGCCUACAGUAGCAGUGUGGUCAGCAUUGUUGAAUGCUUGUGGCCAUAAUCUCGAUGUUACAAGGGGUGAGGUCGCUGCAAAGCAUCUUUUGGAGUUGGAGCCAAGUAAGCCUGGGAAUUUUGUGCUGGUAUCAAAUUUUUAUGCAACCAUUGGAAGGUGGGAUUCUGUAGAUCAAUUGAGAAGCGUUAUGGAGAUGAAAGGACUGGUUAAGGAAGUUGGAAGUAGCUGGGUCACUGACUCGAAAUGCCAUGAAAGUGAUUUUACAUAAUUUGAUUGAAGGCAGAAUAUGAUUAUAUUUCCCGCGACAUAAUGUAAAAUCCGUGAACUGAAUCGAUCAA